AUUAAUAUGUCUCUCCUUCUUUUGAAUGCUAGCAAUAGAAUUGCUUAGGGAUUUUUGAAAGUAGCUGCAGAAAGUGGUAAAUAUGAAAAGAUCAUAUGUGCUGACAUUUUCCCUACUUAUUUCACUGUCCAAAGACUCCUCAAAUUUAAGUCAUCAUUAUCAGCAAACAUCGAAUUGUUCAAAAUCGGAGAUCGCCAAGAUUUACACGAUGUAAUCAAAUAAGCCAACAAUGUUCUAUAUGUCAGUCACGAUUAUUACUAAACCACAGCAUCCAAAAAGAAUUUAUUAGUCGCUACCUUAGAUUUGGUCAAAAAUAGAAACUAUAAGACUGUUGCUUAUGUUGCACCAGUGGAACAUGAUCAUCAAGAAGAAAUCGAUGAAUGGAAGCAUCUAGAAGUAGAAGGACGUCGUUUCAUUCCUUAAUUAGUUGGCAUCAGAUCUGACAUUACCUUUGGACCAAAUAGCACUUUCACUAAUAAAUUAGCAUCAAGAAUUUAUAAUGGUGAAAGCAUCUACUUCCAAAACACUGGACAAUCAUGUGCUCCCAUCUUCACUGGUGAUUUAGAAUCAAUUGUGGCUUAAGUUCUAGCAGGAUCACAUGCAGGAAAAUUACUCUUAGCUAAGGGACACAAACACAUUGAUUUCAAAUCUAUUAUUCAUCUGAUUGAGGAUAGUCUUGGAUCUGCAUACAAAGCCAAUUUAAAUCAAUCUUUCAUUGAAAAAGUACAAAUAAUAUUUUAAGUAUUUAGAUCAUUCAUCCCACUAAUAAUUGCAUCGUAGGUUAAUAAUUAUAUUGUCCAUCAUAUAUCAAUCUAACUAAGUUAAUAGCAAACUAUAAAGCAUUGGAAAACACUGGAUAUGAUUAAGUUGUUGGCGAUAAAUUAGUUGAUAUUGAAGAAUAUCAUAAGAAUAAUAAAACAGUAGUUGAUCAAUCAUUGAAAGCUGAUUAUUAACUAAGUUAUUUAAUUGGAUGAAUAAAUGAUGAUCUAAAUUCAUAUUAAAAAAAUAAAUAAUUAAAUUAAUAG